AUGGCUGAAGAAAGAUUUAGGAAGGUCAAAAUGUUUGUUGUGAAAAAGAGAGAUCGUGAUUCUCUGCCUCCUCUCCUACUUGAACGUGUGGAUAAGAGUAGCAUUAUCUACAGUGAUGGCUGGAAAGCUUAUUCCGGACUAGGUACUGUGUUUAACGACCAUAAGGUCGUUAAUCAUUCUGAAAAUUUUAUUGACCCCAAUACUCGUUGCCAUACUCAAUUAAUUGAGUGUAUUUGGGGUCAAGCAAAAUUGAAGAUAAUAAAGAAUAAGAGGGGAACUACCUUUACAAUGUUACAAGGCCAUUUGAGCUUUUUCUGUUUCUGUUAUCAAUUUAAAGAAGAAUCUUUAUAA